AUGCCCAGCUUCGCUGCAGCUGCGAAACUAGAGCCAAAUCCUUCUUGCUGUCUCAUCGGCAUGGAAACCUACAGCGGCCUAGUGAAGGAUGAGCUCCACGGCAUAGGAGGAGGGCAGGGACUGUACUGCGGUGCUACCCCGAGGGCGGCACCGGCGAUGAUGACCGGCGGCGCCAGAGAUGGUGUUGUGAAGAGCGUGAAGAGGAGGAAGAGGGAGCCGUCGUCGGUGGUGACGGUGAGCAACGGCAAGGAGGAGGCCGCCGGUGGCGACAAGGCGGCGGGUAGCAAUGCGGCCAAGAGGAGCUCAAGGUUCAGAGGCGUAAGCAGGCAUCGUUGGACGGGCAGAUUCGAAGCUCACCUAUGGGACAAAGGGACGUGGAACCCUACGCAGAAGAAGAAAGGAAAGCAAGUUUACCUUGGAGCGUACAACGAGGAAGAGGCUGCAGCAAGGGCAUAUGAUCUGGCAGCACUGAAGUACUGGGGACCUAGCACCUACACCAACUUUCCGGUAGUGGACUACGAGAAAGAGCUCAAAGUGAUGCAGAACGUGUCCAAGGAAGAGUACCUGGCCUCAAUAAGAAGGAAGAGCAACGGCUUCUCUCGCGGAGUUUCCAAGUACAGAGGCGUCGCACGGCACCACCACAACGGCAGAUGGGAGGCCCGGAUCGGGCGGGUGUUCGGCAACAAGUACCUGUACCUGGGCACGUACAGCACGCAGGAGGAGGCGGCGCGGGCCUACGACAUCGCCGCCAUCGAGUACCGCGGCAUCAACGCCGUCACCAACUUCGACCUCAGCACCUACAUCCGCUGGCUCAAGCCCGCCGCUGCCGCCGGCGACGACGGCGGCACCCCGACGUCCGGCGUCAAGCCAAACAUACCGCCGUCGCUGUGCCUCCAGGCCGCUGGCGGCCUCCUGCAGCACCCGCACGGCGCGUCCUCGUUCUCCGGCCUCGACGACGUCGGCUCCGUCUACGCCGCCGGGCCCAGCCCGACGGCCGUGUGCGGGAGGCCAUCCCCGUCCUCGUCGACCACCGCGCUCAGCCUGCUGCUGCGGUCUUCGGUGUUUCAGGAGCUCGUGGCGCGGAACGCCGGCGCCGCGCAGCAGCAGCAGCACGUGCCCGGGGACCAUGGCGCGGCGGUAUCGGACGUCGUCCUCGACGCCAAAGUCGAGCACGAGGAGCCUCUCGGGCGGCCGGACGAGGAGGGCGAGAUCGGAGAGGAGAUGUACGGCGCGGCGGGGGCGGCGGAGGAAGCGUUCGCGUGCUCCAUGUACGACAUCGACGACAGCUUCGCGCGCAUCGAGCAAUCCUUCUGGAACUGCCUGUCACAGUGA